AUGUAUUUUUACUCCAAAGAGCACCAUUCUGCAAUUUAUGAUGGCCACUCCACACAUGUCGAUUUAAAAGUAAUCGAACUCGCCAUUUCCGAAAAUGUUACCAUUUUGAAGUUACCCCCGCAUUCUUCACAUAUCCUUCAACCGCUAGAUGUAAGUGGAAUGAAGCCCAUGAAGGAUCGAUGGGAAGAAGCCUUGGUUAAAUGGCAAAGGCUUCAUAUCGGAGCAAAGUUACCCAAAAGUGAGUUCGCACGAAUUAUUACUGAAAUAUGGGAUGUUAUGAAUCCUGUUAUUCUAGCCAAUGGAUUUAAUAAAACAGGUAUUUAUCCCUUAAAUCGGCACGUGAUCCCAAAAGAAAAGUUUGAUCCCUUAACUUGGUCUAGAUGGGAGCAGUAUGUUCAAAGUCAAACAUACGAGCAAGACAACUACGUCGAAGAUGUUAGUGAAGCCAUUCGAGCACCAUUUGAAAAAUUGGUCGACAUACCUCUUAAAAACGUUCCAACUCUCGUUAGAUUGGCACUUAAAACUUUAAACUCUCAACCAGACCAUAAAAGCCUUACAUAUUGUAAAGAUUCAAAACAAACGGAAAACAAGAUUCAAAAUAAAGAGAACAUGAUAAGUUACGAAAGACAACAACAGAAUAAUUCAAUACAAUAUCAUGAACAGAAUAAUAGAACUAAAAAAAAUGAAAUAAAUAAAAUACUAAGAGUUAAAAAAGAAACAAGUACAGAAAUAAGAACCUAUGAAAAAAGUAAGAAAAUUCAGAAUGACACAGCUAUAACAGAAUUGAGUAACAAAACUGAAAUAACUCUGGAAAAGGAAAAACAAAAAAGAAUCAUGUAUCCAAAGACCGUAGAAGAUCCUCGUACAUAUAAACUACCACUUCCAAGUCCAAAAAGAAAAAAAACUAAUUCAAAUAACAUUCAAAUUGUCGGAAACGAGUUAAUUCAGGCAGCAAAUACCACUAACCAGAUAAAUGAAGACAACUUUAACGUAUCAUUUGAAGAACUUCUGUUAAAUUCAAUUGCUCGCAAUGAUCCUCCAAAAAAUAAAAAAAACGCGUGUGACAAGGGGGAGCGGAAAUACUAA